AUGUCUGAACUGAAAAGACAAGUUGUGGAGUUGAUGUAUAAACUUGACGAACAAAAGGAGAAAACAAAUGCCCUGGAGUUAGAACUGAAUGAAGUAAAACAACAACUUGUCAACUUGACGUCCCAGUAUGAUGAGUUGGAGAAGAAAUCUUUUUCCUUAGAUCGGUUUAGAAAUUGUAAGUCUUUGGGGUUCAACACCGGAUUCGCUAGUGACGAAAUAUUUGAUGCGUUGUACAACUUCUGCGACCCUGGCCAGGAUACAACUGUUCUUAGUGAAAAUAAUGAAUACAUGGAAACAUUUCCAAAGCCUGGAAGACCAAGGUCGCUGCAUCCAAAGGAGGAACUUUUUAUUACUUUUUAUAGAUUAAGACAAGGUUUUGCAGAGGAACAUCUUGCUCAUCUCUAUGCAAUAUCUCAAGCUACAAUAAGCAGGAUAAUAAUAACCUUGGUCAACUUUUUAUAUUUAAGGCUAACUGAUGUACCCAUGUCACCCUGUAGAGAAAAGGUAAACAAACACAUGCCAGAGCAGUUUAAAGAGAAGUAUCCCUCAACUAGAAUAAUAAUAGACUGCACCGAGGUUAAAUGCCAAAUGCCUUGCAGCCUUCGUUUAAAUAAUGAACUUUUUAGUACCUAUAAAAAUAACACCACUCUGAAAGCCCUUGUUGGAAUAACCCUGGUUGGGGCACUCUCAUUUGUGAGCCAGCUUUACACUGGACACAUCUCAGACAGGGAAAUUGUUCUACGCAGUGGUAUUUUAGAUCAAAAAUUUGAGAAUGGAGAUUGA